AUGGACGAUAACCUGGUGGCCCAAUUCACCGAGAUCACCGGGUCGACGCCUGAGCUUGCAACUCAGUACUUACAGCUCGCCGACUUCAACAUCGAGCAGGCGAUGCAGCUCUUUUUCGAUAAUGGAGGCGCCUCCUUGACCGAUGAACCCGCCCGGCAGCCACCUCACGAGGCAGCAUAUGAAGAUGAGUCUGGGGUGGUGCAUAUCGACUCUGACACCGAUGACGAUCAUGAUCGCCCAACCCGUACACAACAUGGCGCGGAUGCGACGUUUGAAGACGAUGCUGCCAUGGCCCGUCGUCUUCAGGAAGAGGCAUACGGUGGUGGAGGAGGAAGCGGCGGUGGAGGCGCCAUCCAUAAUGAUGACGACGUGCGGGCACCUAUGGCUCGCACGACAGAGACCUUGGUGGGGCCAGGUGCGGAUUUUGACGACGAUGACAUGCCCGCCAAUAUUCUUGGCCAGUUGCGUGCGCGUCGAAGUGGAGGCCGACCCGGAAUCUUCAACCAGCAAGACAGUGCAUCAAUAUGGACCGGAAGCUCCUCAACCCACCAAGAACAAUUAUCCCGAGCGACUGGCGGUGCAUCUGAAGCUUCGUCCAAAUCAAACAUGCUGGCAGAAAUGUACCGUCCACCAUUUGAUAUCAUGUCUCGGCUGCCAUGGGACGUGGCUCGUCAGGAAGGUCGAGACAACGAGAAAUGGCUGUUGGUAAACAUUCAAGAUCAGUCAAUCUUUGACUGUCAAGUCCUGAACCGAGAUCUCUGGAAGGACAAGGGCGUCGAAGAAACCAUUAAGGAACACUUUAUCUUCCUGCAGUUCUCCAAGGAUGAUCCGCGAGCUGCACCAUAUAUCCAAUAUUACUUCCAAGGAAGCGAAAUCUCCGAUAAUUACCCUCACAUCUCCAUUGUUGAUCCUCGCACUGGUGAAAAAGUGAAGUCAUGGACUGGUCAGCCUGUUGUCAAGGCUGCGGAGUUUCUCAUGCAGCUCCAUGAGUUCCUUGAUCGCUAUAGCUUGAACCUCAACGUGCGCAAUCCAGUUGCGAAGCGUAAGUCAGGCAAGCCGGAGAAAACCGUCGACGCCAUGACAGAAGAGGAAAUGUUCGAGAUGGCAAUGAAGAAUAGUCUUGGUGGCGAAGCAACCUCAGGUCCCAAGUUGGAUGACCCAGAUGAGUUGACGCGCAGCACGGGCGAUAUCAAGGGCAAGGGCAAGGCACCCGAUGCAGACGACGAGGAAAUGGGUGGAACAGAAGCCGAGGAUGAGCCCGAGGACUCCGCAUUUGCUUCUAUUCCCAAUGACAGGCCGCACACCGAGCCCGCCGCCGAUCCAACCACCACGACUCGUAUCCAAUUUCGCCAUCCAGCUGGUCGUGUUAUUCGGCGGUUUGCUCUGACAGACCCCGUUCAACGAAUUUAUGAAUGGCUCAAGGCGGAGCCCCCCGUUGAGGGAAAGACAGAUGUAGAUUUUGAAUUGAAUUCCCUGGGAACCAACUUAAUAGACUCUCUCGACACGAGUAUCGAGAGUGCGGGGUUGAAGAAUGGGACGGUCAACAUUGGGUACCUCGAGGACUAA